GACAAUCAAUCAAGACGACCCAAAGCAUCUCAUCCUCGCAUUUCUGGGAAGCAGUAUUCUGACAGGAACAGUGCUAACUGGACAAAUCACCGUCAGAUCUCUCUUGGUUUGAAACCCUGUCAGAAGAGCGUUUGUUCAUCUAAACCAUCUCAACCUCAGGAACGACCAAGAAAAAGAAAAGAUGCUCGUUCUACAAUCGUACCAAUGUUUCCGGAGGCCUUUUGCUUGGGACGUCGAGAAUCAAAUAGCCAUGAUAAAUUGUUGGAUGACAUUUUAAUGAAUAGAAAAAUAGGUUUGAAAUUUGCAGGAGAAAGUCCUGGAAAACUUCGAUGAAGGUUACGAUUUUGUGUAGAAGGGCC